AUGAAGUGGCUUCAAGGUGAGGGAUCUCCACACACCUCAGAGAGGUCUCUCUUGACGAGAUCUUUGUCGGGUGAUUGGUCGUAUCGGGAUGAAAAGAUCAAGAACAAUGAAGAAAAGGAAUGGAUGUUUAUGAAAAAUUAUUUAAAUGGGUUUCCUUCAAGGAAAGACUCUUUUUCAAAGAAUACUUCUUUUCUACUGGAUUAUUCAAAAAUUGAUGAUUAUUUGCAAUUUUCUAGGGAGGAGAUACAAUUUGAGGGUACUCAGCAAAAUUCAAGUUUUUCCGAUGCGAAUUUUAAUCCGGAGAGCGAAGGAGCAUCGCCUUCCAUUGAAAAUGAAAUUCUACAAUGUAAUUAUUCAGAUACCAUCGAUGAAUUAUUAAAGUUAGCUCAGCAUGAAAUAUCGGAGGAAGAAGAGCUUUCCGAUGAUGAGCUGCUGAUGAACAAUUUUGAAUUCAAGGAGAACAACCACUCAGACACUCCACAAAAUAUGUACCAUCACAAAAACACAACAACACAACAACCCUUUGAAAAUAAUGUGAAUUAUUUGGAAAGCACAAAAUCUAUUCAAUGGCUUUGGGAUACAAUUUUCGACAUUUAUGAGUAUUGUUAUCAUUUAUUUAUGAACAAAGGAAGUCAAAUCAUAACAACACCAGGAUAUUCAACAGCACUGAUCAUUCACAGCAUGAUUUCAACCAAAUACAAUAUUAAAAUCAUCGUUGACAUGACCUGGAAAGCUAUACUCAAAUCUGUCAAUUCUUACAAACGUACCUACGAGAGCAUUGCAAUUUUCGACAAGUUUUUGAUUGGGGAAUAUUCUUUGAAAGCCUUUUAUUCUUUUAUAUUGCAUCGAGAGUUCGAAAAUCAAAAGUCACAAUAUAGACCAAGCCAGUUGGAAACUCCCUCUUCAGCAUGCUUUUUCGAAGAACCAUUACUUACCCCAAGAAAAUCAAGUAUAAUAUCGGAAAUAAUUCACCAGAAGAGAACAAAACUUGGAAAUAUUCAGGAGUUUAAUGAAGUGAAUCACUCACCGUCCAUUCUAGAAACAAUAUCUCAUAGUGUAAUUACCCUCGAUCAUGUGGUUACAACCAUUUACAAGCUACUAUCAAAGGAACUUGUGAAAAUAGAUGAAUUUAAAAGUGUCGUGUCUCUGUCAGAAUUUAUUGCACACCUUGUGAAUGUCAAAACAUGUAAAUUAGAACUAAUCAUUAAUGAACUCGAUCCAUAUAUCAUGACGUCUAAUUCCAUUCCAGCAAGCAGCACACCAACAUUAUCCAUCACCAAUGCUUCUCCAACCAGAUUCCCUUCAAGUGCCUCCAACAACCAUACUGUGAUAGAAAUAAUGCAAAACAUUGAAACUGAUCAUUUAAUUGAUAAUGAAAUUUUUAGUAGUAGUGACAUGAACGACUUUAAUCAUAACCAUGAAGACGAGGACGUUGACGCAUUAAGCAAGCUUGAAAACUAUCUUCUUCAAAAUCCAAUAUCUCCAACACCUUCAUCUCCCAAAAAUUCACCAAAAAUCAACAACACUUACUCUUUAUCAGAAUGUUUCGACAUUAUUUUAGAAUUACAUGAAAGAAUUCACCAAUCCAUUCAAACCGAACAACAGUUGAAAGAUUUUGAAAGCUUUCUCGAAGAGAGAAUUCACAAACUCUUCAUGGUCAAAACCCAUCUCCAACGCAGCAAAGAUGGUCGUCAUAUUUUCACUCUCCUUCAUGAUGCCUUAAUCAAAAUUAGAACUUUCAUUACGUCAUGUCCUGUUCAAUCUCUUCGAACACGAAUGCUGCUACGAAAAAUAGAAGACUGGAAACAGCAAUCCCAAUGA